CGCGCUCACCUCCGCACCGGAAGGGAUAGCUGCGGUGCGUUUGAGCUAGCUGGUACAAAUGAACCCCCCCUGUCAGUCCAAGCCUCCUGCACCGUCUUGAGUUUUUAUCAUAAACUUAACCGAAGCUCGCCUCUCUGUUCUUGCGUGUCCUCGUGAUCCAUGACGGUUGGGGUCAGGUAUGGCUGUCGUGUCGUGGAAGGAGAUUCUACUUCUGACAGGGCUGGUGGUGGGCUGCUACUGGAACAGUCUGUCCUGCGGCUUUGUGUUUGACGACGUCUCCGCUAUCCUCGACAACAAGGACCUCCGGCCCUCGACGCCUCUCGGCAACCUGUUCCUCAAUGACUUUUGGGGAACGCCGAUGGCUGAGGAACGGAGCCAUAAGUCUUACAGACCGCUAACAGUGCUCACCUUCCGACUGAACUACCUCUUCAGUGAGCUCAGCGCAGCUUCCUAUCAUCUGCUGAAUAUCAUUCUACACGCCGUCGUUUGCAUCCUUUUCCUGCGGGUUUGCCGACUAUUCCUGGACAGGACUUUCAGCCUGCUGGCGGCGCUGCUGUUUGCCGUGCACCCCGUCCACACCGAGGCGGUCACUGGUGUAGUAGGUAGAGCUGAGCUACUUUCUUCAAUUUUCCUGUUGGCUGCUUUCCUGGCAUACACCAAAUCAACCAGUGCAGACCGCUCCAUUGUUUGGCCUCCAAUUGCUCUGACUGUAGUUCUGGUGGCUUCAGCGACUCUGUGUAAGGAGCAGGGAAUUACUGUGGUCGGUGUCUGUUGCGUCUAUGAAGUUUUUGUUGCACAGGGGUUUACACUGCCCAUACUACUGGAUACUUUGCGGCAAGUCCUGCAGGGUAAAGAUGGUUUCCCUUAUGCUGUCCUGCAAACUCUUCUGAAGCUCAUCGUCCUCGUCAUCAGCACCCUGCUCCUCGUUAUUGUCAGGGUUCAAGUUAUCCAGUCCCAGCUGCCUGUCUUCACCAGAUUUGAUAACCCAGCAGCUGUGAGUCCCACUCCAACCAGGCAGCUGACUUUCAACUACCUGCUCCCAGUAAAUGCAUGGCUGUUACUGAAUCCCUCAGAGCUGUGUUGCGACUGGACAAUGGGUACCAUUCCUCUGGUGGAGUCCCUUUUAGACCUCCGUAACAUGGCCACUGUGAUGUUCUACACGCUUCUGUGCCUGCUUGCCCACUACAGCCUGCGCUACAGUCACAGCUCAGCCAAGACUGUGAUUAUGGCUUUGUCUUUGAUCGUCCUGCCCUUCAUUCCAGCCUCCAACCUCUUCUUUCCUGUGGGCUUUGUUGUUGCAGAGAGGGUGCUUUACGUUCCUAGUAUGGGAUUCUGUGUUCUUGUAGCACAUGGAUUCAAGAUCGUCUCACAUAAAGGACAAUUAAAGAAGAUUUCCUGGUUGAUGAUUGGCGUGUUGCUAACCACACAUGCAGUGAAAACUUUCAACAGGAACUGGGACUGGGAGUCAGAAUAUACCCUUUUUACCUCUGCCCUGAAGGUCAACAAGAACAAUGCCAAGUUAUGGAAUAAUGUUGGCCAUGCUUUAGAGAACCAGAACAACUAUGCAAUGGCUCUCCGGUAUUUUCUCCAGGCCACUCGGGUCCAGCCAGAUGAUAUUGGAGCUCAUAUGAACGUUGGAAGAACAUACAAGAACUUGAAUAAGUCCAAAGAGGCCGAGGAGGCUUAUCUGGUUGCCAAAUCCCUCAUGCCACAGAUUAUUCCAGGGAAGAAGUAUGCAACACGCGUGGCCCCAAAUCACCUUAAUGUUUACAUAAACCUGGCAAAUCUGAUACGGGCCAACGACUCUCGGCUGGAGGAAGCCGAUCAGCUCUACAGACAAGCAAUCAGCAUGAGACCAGACUUCAAACAGGCCUACAUCAGCAGAGGGGAGCUGCUGCUGAAGAUGAACAAGCUGACUGAAGCCCGUGAAGCCUAUCUCCGAGCCUUGGAGCUGGACGGAACCAACGCUGACCUUUGGUACAACCUUGCCAUAGUCAACAUCGAGAUGAAAGAUCCAUCCGAAGCCCUGAAGAAUUUUAACCACGCCUUGGAGCUCAAUCCACGCCACAAACUGGCGCUCUUUAAUUCAGCUCUUCUCAUGCAGGAGUCUGGAGAGCCAAAGUUCUGGCCUGAAGCCAACCGUCGUUUCCUCACCUAUGUGGAAGAGGAACCCAAUGACGCCAAUGGCUACUUUAACCUUGGCAUGCUGGCCAUGGACGCAAAUGAAAACGCCGCAGCUGAGCACUGGAUGCGAAAGGCCAUUGGCCUGCAGGCUGGGUUCCGCAGCGCCCUUUUUAACCUGGCUCUACUUUACUCUCAGUCUAAACGGGAGGUGGAUGCAUUACCCGUGUUAGAUGAGCUCCUUCGACAUCACCCUGAGCACAUAAAGGGCCUGAUUCUGAAAGGCGACAUCCUCAUGAACCACAAGAAAGACACUAAGGGUGCUAAAACUUGCUUUGAACGAAUUCUGCAAAUGGACCCCACCAACGUCCAAGGAAAACACAACUUAUGCGUGGUCUACUUCGAGGAGCGGGACUUGCCACAGGCCGAGCGAUGCCUGGAGGAAACACUGGCUCUGGCGCCAAACGAGGAGUAUGUUCGUCGUCAUUUGAACAUUGUACGCAGUAAGAUGGCUGCCAUGAGCGCAGCUGGAGAGCCGCUCUCAAAAGUGAGAGCCAAUGAGGAGAAGCCACAGGAAGCUUUGGGUGUUAAGGAAGGGAGGAGUGCUGAUGCUGUUGGAAAGGGAGAUGGAGAUGAGAAGAAUGUGCGGAAAUCCUCAGUAGAAGGCCUCAGAGGCGGAGAGGCAGACCAAACAGAACCUUUAGACAGUACCCAGGCUGGCAAACGGACUAAGGGCAAGUCCACGGAAGAGAUUAAAGAUAUAGAGGAGAAAAGAGCAGCAGCUCUGAAGAGACUGGAAGAGAUAGAGCGCAUAUUAAGUGGCGACUGAUCCGGAUGCAAUCCCGUGCUAGACUUCCUUUUCCAGAACUCUUCAGUACUUGCAGUAAAGCUACCAACCCCGUUAAAAAUGUGUAUCCUUAAUCUGCUGGAAUUUUAUGACUGGUUUGUUUUUGAUUUUUACAAGAUCAGUAAAUCUUUAUUUUACUCCUUUCAAAUCACAGAUCCUAUAAAAGAAAACAAAAAACAGAAACAUCCACCACAGAAUAAUUAAUAAGCCCACAUAAUAAGCCCAAUGCCGAUGUGAUUUGAACGUGAAUGUCAUAUUUUUUUGUUCCUGUUGAUCACUAGAUUUUUGUUUAAUAAGAUGUGACUCACUCCUCUGUUAUUGUUAAAAAAAAGAAAAAAAAAGAAUGAUUGUAACGCAGACAAUUAGAGGAAGUGACACGUUCCCCAGACCUCUCCAAGGCAGCAAGAUAAAACAGUUCACAGCUCAAAAUAACCUAAGACCCCUUCACACACACACACACACACACAUACACCCCACAACAGGCUUAUGCUUCAUCACAGCAGCUGAUAUUUAUUGAUCUCACUGAGAUCUUCCUGCUAUGAGAUCAUGUUUUUUAUUUUCUGCUGCCUUACCAGACUGUUAGCCCUGAUCUGUUUUUCACAUGUUCCCUCUCUGUUCGGUCAUGUAGGAAGAUCAUUAGAGGUGGAUGUUUUGGAAUGUUUUUCCUAGUAAACUGUCCGGAGGAUAUUGUUUCUACAUGCGUUACACCCAACUUUUUUAUGUGAUGGUUAAGGGCGAUGCACACCACUCCUAAGCAGCACCAUGUGUUUUUUUUUCAUCCUCCAGAAAGGGAUACUUUUUUUCUAAUAGCUCGUUUGUGAAAUAUGAAUUUCCUAGAUCCUACAUAUCAUAUGGAGUGAAUUUGGUUCCAUUGCUGUUACAAACUUUGUAAAUUGAAAUAAAAGAAAAAUGCAAAGCAGAAAUGACACCUAAAAAAAAAUUAAAUUUAUUAUUAAAAAACAGGUUUUAUAUGUUCAAAUUAUAUUUUUCCAAAUUUAUAAAAAUGUAUAAAAAAAUCUUUCUGUUUUUCAGAUUGAGUUUUACACAUAGCCUUCUUUUAAAAUGGGGUUUUACAGAUCACAUUUUCUUCACAUUAGGCCUAACACAAUAAUAAUGUUUCCAUAGUCCAGCAGACCAAUAGAAAAUGGUAUUUGCUCCUCACUCUAGAGGAAAGCUCGCCCCCAAAAGUGAAGUGAUUUUGAUCUGGAAAACUAUAUUGACGAGAUUGCAGUUCGCAUUCCUUAAUUCAAAUAUUUUAAAUAAAUAAAAAAAUAUAUAUAUGACCAUUAAAAAGGAAAAAAAGAU